UUCCCAUAAGAUACUCCCAUUUCUAUCCUCUUCUUACUUCUUUAAAUUCCCCACCCCCUGCGCUAUUUUCAAUCAGCGAUCUCUCUCUCCCCCUCCCCCUCCCUCUCUCCCUCUCUCCCUCUCUCUCCCUAUCCCUCCCUCUCUCUCUAAGGAAAGAUAUGGGAUUAUUAAGGAUCUUUUUGAGUUUUCUUCUUGCGGCAGUAGCUUUGUUCAGAGCUCACAGCCAGCCUAUGGUUCCUGCUCUCAAUAUCUUCGGAGACUCUGUUGUUGAUGCUGGGAACAACAAUAACCGCUUAAGCCUUGUCAAGGCCAACUUUCCUCCUUAUGGAAGAGACUUCAUCGACCACAAGGCCUCAGGAAGAUUCUGCAACGGGAUGCUGGCCAUCGACUACACAGCUGAAUACCUUGGCUUCACUUCGUACCCGCCAGCAUACCUUAGUGAUGAUGCCAAAGGAAGGAACAUCCUCACUGGUGCCAACUUCGCGUCAGCUGCCUGUGGUUACUACAACAUGACAUCCUUGGCAUACCUAGCUAUUUCAUUGCCACAGCAGAUAGAAUAUUACAGGGCUUGGCAAAACAAGGUUGUAGGAAUGGUGGGAAGAGCAAGAGCCAAUGAAAUAUUUUCUGGUGCAGUCCAGCUUUUGAGUGCAGGAAGCAGUGACUUCAUUCAGAACUACUACAUCAAUCUCCCUCUCCGAGGAGCCUAUUCAAUUGAUCGCUUCUCAGACAUGUUACUCAAAUCUUUCACCAACUUUGUUGAGAAACUCUAUGGGCUAGGAGCAAGAAGGAUUGGUGUCACAACCCUACCGCCAAUGGGUUGCUUGCCAGCGGCCAUCUCAUUAUUUGGUAGAGGUAGCAAUCAAUGUGUACCUAGGCUAAACGCAGAUUCUGUGAUGUUCAACAACAAGCUAAACACUACUGCGGAAAAAUUGCUGAAUCAGUAUCAAGGUCUCAAACUUGUUGUCUUCGAUAUCUACACACCCCUUCUGGAACUGGUCAUGAAGCCAAGUGAUAACGGUUUCGCGGAAUCGAGGAGGGCCUGCUGUGGGACUGGGACAAUAGAAACAUCUCUGCUUUGCAAUUCGAUGUCUGUGGGAACAUGCAGCAAUGCCUCACAGUAUGUGUUCUGGGACAGUUUUCAUCCGACUCAACAGGCCAACGAGUAUUUGGCUCAGUCUAUGCUUGUAAAGGGCUUCGACCUCAUCUCCUAGAGCAUAACACUUCAUGCAUUUCAAGCAACUAUGUAUUAUAGAUGUCGAACACUGUUUAAAACGCUUUACUUGUGUGUGAGCUAGCUUCCAUAAGAAUUAUCAGUUUACAGCUUCCUGGCUGAGAGAAGAGGGUUCAUAAAGGGCUUUGUAUGUUGUGUUCCUUGUAUAAAUAAAAUAUGAUAUAAAAUAAUGAUCACUUUUUA